AUGAUAUUUCUUUUGCCGAUAUUUACCGACUUUGAUGAUGCUUUCGGAGCUGGCGAUCCACUCGCCGAACUGUUAAAUCGCCUAACUAUAUAUAUCAGUUUCGGUGCCAUACUAACAACAUGGUGGAUUAAUUGGACCAGCCGUCAGCGGCUGCAGCAGUUAUUCAAUGAGUUCGCUAGUAUUGAAAUCGAUUAUUUAUAUCGUUAUAAACAUUUUACCGAUGAAUGUGCGACUUUCGAUUAUUAUGUGUUUUGGAAGGUUUUCGCGACCCUUUUACAAAACUUAUCGUUCUUCUAUAGCAUCGGCGUAGCUGAUAAUCCCGGCUGGUUAUUCAUUAUAUUCAUGUGUCUACUGGCCUUGCUUACAAAUGUAAUUUUCCACGUAUCAAGCCACUUCUUUCUGGCCGUUUUGUUUACUUAUCGCUUUAAUUGGGUCUUGAAUCGGCGUUUGGCAAGUAUGGCCGGCAACGAAGUGUCGUCAAGUCGGCUGCGGGUUUUGAGCAUAGAAAUCGAUAACAUUGCUUGCAUCUAUACGCGUUUGAUUCGGCUGUGCGCGCACUAUACACGCAUACAUCAAUACCAAUUGUUGCUCUUGUUCGGCUCGAUGACCCUUUGCAAUAUCGAAGUGCUGUUCUACGUGCGCCUGCUUUGGAGCGGCAAAGUGAGCGAGUUGAAUGCCCGCAAUGUUUUUGCGAUAUUGCAAAUAGUUGUUGUAAAUAUAUUGGACUUUUGGCUGACAAUAACAAUAUGUGAGCAGGCGUUGGUGACGUCGCAGAAAACGGUGGAAAUACUACGUGGCUUCAAUGAGAACCCCAAAUAUUUGUUAGAUGUGGAACGGAGCUUGGAAGGCUUUGGCGUCAUUUGUAGCAACACCAGCUCAUCGUUCUAUUGGAGCAACAAAAUGGAUGCGAGCUACUUUUUGGUGUCAAUGUUGACAAUCAUAUUGUUCAAUGAGAUAUUAUUGAUAUCGAAUCAGUUCUAUCACAAUACGCUCUCCAUCAAUCACUCCAUACUGGCUGUAAAUCAUCGCCUGCGUUGUUUAAAUACCAGAAAGCAGUUGUUGGCUGCUGGUGAGAUUAAUGAGAUUUUCGGCAUAUAUAUACGUUUGAUACGCUUAAUAACGCACACAACGAAAGCAUACGAAAAACAGUUACUGGUCAUAAUCUCGGUGCGUUUGAGCGUUAUUGUGCAGUGUCUUUUCUCCGCAUGCAUGCACUUCGGCGGUAGAGGCUUGCAGAUGAAUGAACUGGAACUGCUAUAUUUCUUGCUUAUUAUAAUGCUAACCUCCUUGGACUAUUGGCUCAUAAUGGCUGUUUGCGAAUCGGUGUGGCGCGCUCAGCAACAGACGAAAGUCGAGCUGAAACAUUUUAACACUUUUCGUACUUUGAGCGUUGAUCUGGCGAGAGAUCUCAACACUUUUUCAAUAUUUUGCUCGAUACACAAGUUUCGCUUUCCGUUAUGUGGCUUGUUCGAGAUACAUUUUGCUACUGCACGCAAUCUAUGCACUUCAGUGGUGACAGCGCUGAUCUGUCCGGCUGAAUGUGGGUGCAGCGCCAUGAGCUCGCGUUGGCGUAUCGGUAUCGCGCGAUUUUUCUACAACUCGACAAUUUGGUUUUCCAUCGCUUUCGGCAUAUUACCGUUUCGUUAUGAUUCAAAACUACAAAGGAUCUACACUUCCAAAUACAGCUUCGUCUAUAGCAUCUGCCUUAACGUGGUAAUAGGGUUUGUGGCGUUUGCGGCUUGGCCAACCGACGAUUUGCUGGAAUUGGACUUACAGCAACACAAUAAACUAAUGGGCUUACUAAUCAGAGCCAUAGUCGUGUCGCAUAUAUAUACGUUGAUUACGAUUAUUGUGAUAAAUUGGCGCGAAUACAAAUCGGUGUUACACAUUUUCAACGAAUUCGCCGCCAUCGAGCGGACUUAUCUCGCCAAGCAUGCCGAUUUGGCGCGCAGCUGCAGCACCUUCGAUGCCUGCAUCAUUUGGAAGGGUGUAGCAACGCUACUGCAAAACAUCUCCUUCAUCUUUGUGAUUUUUGAAAAAAAAUCGACGUUGAGCAUGCGUGCAGUGAUUGUACUUGGCUUUGCAUUAACAAUGGGCAAUGUGAUUUUUCUUGUCGUGCUCCAAUUUUAUAAUUUCAUCGUUACCACUUACCGUUGUAUGUGGAUACUGCAACAGCGUCUAAAAUAUCUGGCCAACCAAAGCACUAUGACGACACCAUUUCGCAACGUCUCCUGUGAGGUGUAUGAAAUAACGGGCAUCUACUUGCGUUUGAUGAAGUUGUGCAAGAGCUUUGGCAGCGUUUAUGGCCAGCAGUUGUUGACCAGCAACUGCGCUAUAAUGUGUACGAACGUACAGUCGUUAUAUUAUUUGCGCAACAUUUGGAGCGACAAAGUUAGCGAUUUGACCGCUUGGGAUAUAUUUUAUACGUUACAGGCGGUGCUGAUAAACGUUUUCGACUUUUGGCUCACUAUUGCGGCAUGCGAAUUGGCCUUGGGCAUGGCGCGAGAUAUAGCGCAGCUCCUGCGCACUUUCAAUGAUUUCGAGAAACUGGAUGUGGAGUUCGAAAAAAGUUUGGAGAUUUUGGCUGCCGUCUGUAGAAACAAUACGCCGAAAUUUCGUUUGUGUGGCUUGGUUGAUUUGAAUCACUUGGCGGGUCUAAAAGCUUUGCUGACCAUGAUUUUAUAUCUGAUCUAUUUAGUUCAAUUCAGUUACAAUGACUUUUGAAAAAAAAAUGGAAACGAA